AUGCACGUCCCGAGCUUCGCAUGCCAGGCACACUCCCAACUGACCCAUGUUCCGCAUAGACUCCUCACGACAACCUCUCACAUUCAAUCCGCGCCUCUUCUCACAUCUGAUGUGGCGCUGUCGCUCUCCUCAUGUCCUUCAGAUUACUACAUCCUCGUCUCACAGCAAGGCGUCUCCCUCCAAGACUACUCCAACUCGAAGAAAUCCACACCGUUGCUCUCCAAAGCAUUAUCGCCGUCCCAUGCUGCGGAAUCAGGCAUUCGAAGUAGCUUGGCUGUGACGGAUGUGCUCGGUCCAGUGGAUUCUUCGGCGUGGGUCGAUGUCCUCGGAUCGAAAUGUGGAGUGUCAACAACAACCAUUAUCUCGAAACACGGCGGGAUUCCCAUAGAUGACUUGACGACCUCGCCACAGCUGAUACAGCUCAACCUUCCCGCUCCUUCAUCAGAGAAGAGAACAAGCGACCUGUCGGCAAAUGAUGCCUUUCUGGCGUCUCUAAUCGAUCUGCUUCCAAAGCAGAAUUAUACCGUCUUGUACACGACGUCGCGCUCCGCGGACGGCAUGGUGGUCACCCAGGGAAGAGAGGCUCUUGAUUAUGACAUGGAAUCACAGUUGCAAGAGAGCCUGCAUCUGGACCUCAAGCGGGAUCUGGGCGGUCAUGCCUCGGCGAACAAGUCGGGCAAUAACCAGACCAUCAUUGACGGGCCGUUGUUUGAUAAGUACCAGUUUUUUACACCUGGAAUCUUCAUGGGCUUCCUCGUCGGCUUCUUGCUCCUGUCGAUGCUCUAUGUCGCCAUUUCCGCGGUGGCAAGUCUUCAGGUCACUUACGCCGCUUUCGAUAAAGAGCAGGGCCAACUGGCGGGGAAGAAGUAA